CAAAAAUAUCCAACCAGUCUCCUUCGUCAUCACUGAGAAUUUCCAUUGAGCUCUCUCACUCUCUCUCUCCCUCUCCCUCCCCCUCCCCCUCCGCCUCGCACUCUCAGCUCAAUUUUCCAAAAGUUAGCAAAGCUGAAUCUAUUUUGGGCAUAUUAUAGUUUGACCUCUGAAUAUUUCGUCUGGGGUGGUUGUGAGAGUACAAGAAUCUCGUUUUCGGCCGUGUGUUGUGGACCCUACUACCCCCCCUUGGAGAUUCCUCCUCCCACGCCACGCUCCGCCUGAGCUUCAGAUUCAAACACGGAGAAAGAGAGAGAGAGAGAGAGAGAGUGAGAGGGCCUUCUCAUAUUGGAUUCCUAGUUGGUUCUUAGUGGCCGAGAAUCUUGUUGCCUGAUGAUAUUGAGGCCUGCCCAGCUGAGAAAUUCCUUAGAAUCACUGAGAAAAUUGGAAUCUCAGUCGCCGGCUUCAGAGACCCUUUUCCCGGCCUUCCCUCUUUCGGUUUUUCUCCCCGUCUUUAUUUUGUUUUUGGGCUGCCAGCCAACCCAAAGCCCCCUAUUUCGUGACUAUCUUGUUAUGAAUGUCUGAAUACUUGAUUUGAUUUGAGAGGAUUCCCCCUUAUUAUGGAGAAUGAUGGAGAUGGACCCUUCUCUCCCACCUCCACAUUUGAUGUUCCAGUGGAUUUUGAUUUCAUGGAAGAGCUCUUCCUUGAUGGGUGUUGGGUAGAAACAACUGAUGCUUUCGACUUCGAUGUCAAUCUUCCUCAGUCUGGUCCUCCUUCAACCUCUAAUGAGCUCAAUAACCCCUCGAACCAUUUGCCCUCAUAUCAACCAAUCUUUCGAGAAACUGAAGAAGGUCCGAAGAUAGAAGCACUUGUUCAUACUCAAACUCAAGAAGAGAAAUCUGAUUUCCCAGUUGAGGGCAGCGAAGGGGGUAAAAGGCUGUGGAUCGCACCAAAAAAUGCAGAAACAAGUUCGAGUUCUUUCCUCUCAGUGCAUCAAAGAUUAAUGACGGCAAUUGAAUACUUGAGAGUGUGUACGAAAGAUAAAGAUGUCCUAAUCCAGAUAUGGGUUCCUGUUAAGAAAGAGGGCAGACAGGUCUUGACAACGGAUGAGCAGCCCUUCACGGUGGGCCUGAGCUCAAGAGGCCUCGAGAGCUACAGGAGGGUCUCAAGGGCUUACCAUUUCCCUGCCGACGGGUCCAAGGAGUUUGUCGGGCUGCCUGGUCGGGUCUUCCUCGGAAAGUUGCCCGAGUGGACCCCGGAUGUUCGGUUCUUUCGGAGCGAGGAGUACCCCAGGAUCGAUCAUGCCAAGCUGUGCGAUGUCCGAGGGUCAAUGGCAGUCCCCGUCUUUGAGCAGGGAAGUGGGACCUGCAUGGGGGUCGUUGAGAUGGUGACUACUUCUAGCAAGAUCAACUACCGUCUUGAUCUCGAUAUCGUUUGCAAAGCUCUGGAGGCUGUCGAUCUUAGGAGUUCUCAAAGCUUCAGCACUCCCAUUGUAGAGGUGGGCAGCAAUGAGCUGUGCUCCAGUGAUAUAUUCCUGCAAUUUUUUGAGGUCCUGAAAUCCAUUUGCAAGCUAUAUGGACUCCCUCUAGCUCUGACGUGGGCCCCAUGUGUCAAGCAAGGGAAGGAAGGAUGUCGACACUCGGACGAGAAUUAUACCUUUUGCGUCUCCACGCUGGAUCCUGCCUGCUUCGUGGCAGAUUCCGGGAUGGUCGAGUUCCUUGAGGCCUGCUCCGAGCACCAUCUUUUAAAGGGCGAAGGAAUCGUCGGGGAGGCGUUUUCAUCAAAUCGACCUACCUAUACAGCCGAUAUAACUGCAUUUGGGAAGACGGAAUAUCCACUCUCUCACCAUGCUAGGAUCUUCGAUUUGCACUGUGUGGUAGCAAUCCCUUUAACAAGCAUAUAUAGUAACUCACCUGACUUUGUGCUUGAAUUUUUCCUGCCAAAGGACUGCAAGGAGUCAGAAGAGAGAAGUCAGGUUCUGAAUUCUCUGCUCGGUGUGAUUCAUCAGGCUUUCCGAAAUUCCCAAUUUUUGACUGGUAAAGAACUGGAGGAAGUUGUUGCUGGUUUACCUUCUGAUAAAACAAGUCAGAAGGAGGAAAAUAAUAGAUCGCCAAUGUCUCCUCUGAGGGAAAGAGCUAAUGAAGAUUCUUCAUGGAUUUCCAAUAUGAUUGAGACCCAGAGGAAGGGCAAGGGAGUGUCGUUAUCGCUAAACCUUCAGAGAGAACCUCAAGAAGAGUUCCAGCUGAUGACCCAAUGGGAAAAUGAUGCUCAUGCCGAAAUCGAAUUGAACCACGGGCCAGUCUAUCAUGGGUUUUGGCAGAACCCUGACCUCAUUAAUAGCGUUCGAGGCGGCAGUGAUUCCCCUUCUCUAGGUGGAAGUAACUCGGGAAGCAGCAGAAGAGCAGGCAAGAAGAGACGGACAAAGACCGAGAGAUCGAUAAGCUUGGAAGUUCUAAGGCAGUACUUCGCCGGGAGCCUCAAAGAUGCGGCUAAAAGUCUCGGCGUGUGCCCCACGACUCUGAAGAGGAUAUGUAGGCAACACGGGAUCAACCGCUGGCCCUCACGUAAGAUCAAGAAGGUAGGCCACUCCCUGAAGAAGCUUCAACACGUGAUCGACUCAGUUCAGGGAGCUGAGGGUGCGAUCCAGCUUGAUUCCUUCUACGCGAGCUUCCCCGAACUCAGUCCUAACUUGUCCGGGGGUACUGGCCCCGCCAUCUCACCAAACAAGCCGUCUGUGCCCAUCAACCCUUUGUUGAAAAAUCCUAUUCCAACCCUGACCUCUAAUCCUCAGGCUCCCCUCUCACAAGAGGAGACCAGGGUCCUCAGUUCCGGGGCCACCACCACUUCCCGGUCUCCAUCCUCAUGCAGUCAGACCUCCACUUCCACCGCAUCCUGUUCCACUGGAGCCAAGCACGACCCUGCGAUGAUGAACCCGUCUAGUGUUGAUGUGCUGACCGAGGAAAUCGAAGAAGUCCUAAAGCGGGCCCACAGUGAUGCGGAGCUUCAUGUCUCAAGCCGAGAGGAAUCAAAACCAAAGAAGCUCAUUGCGAGGUCCCAGAGCCACAAGUUGUUCGGCGAGAACAUCCCCAUCGAUGAGACCCCUCUGCCUCCUAAUCUACCAAGAGGUGGAACCAAUAACAUUUUAAACCCACCAGAGAGCAGCCUUUUCAGAGUGAAGGCCACAUAUGGCGAAGAGAAGAUCCGGUUCACCUUGCAACCCAGCUGGGGUUUCCUGGAUCUUCAAAGGGAGAUCGGGAGGCGGUUUGGCAUAGAUGACUUCAGCAUGAUCCACGUGAAAUACUUGGACGAUGAUCGCGAGUGGGUCCUGUUGACGUGCGAUGCAGACCUUGAGGAGUGCAUUGAUGUGUAUAGGGCAUCGUCACAGAGCCGCAUGAUCAGGAUCUCCCUCCACCAGGCCUCGAAGCUGGACCUCAACCAUUCUUUGGGGAGCAGUGGGCAGUCCCAGCCCCACGACCGUUUCCUGUGAUCAACCCUUUUUAGUACUUCGCAGCUGCAAAACAUAUGAAGCUCUCAGUUGCUCGAAGAAUUAAUUAAUUGAAACUCUGUAGAUGAAUUGGGUCUUCUAGAUGUUUAAGGAUACGUUAGUAUGAAACUGUUGUGGAAGAAAAAUAAAACAUCGUAGGUGUUGGCAACUGUUGCAGUAUUGGCGAUAUCGAGUUGCCGAGCUUUCAUUUUACGAUCUUUCGUGUGA